GACUUAACUAAACCGCUUCCCAGAUCCACAGUAAAUGAUGGCAGUGGACCAGGCUCCCCGCAGCUGGCUGACACUCAGACUUUGGCCCAGAGGCUUCAGCUCCGAAUUCCCUCCAUGGAGUCUUUGUUUCAAAGCCCAGUGAAGGAGUCUGUGUUCCGUUCUUCUUCUAAGGAGUCCCUGCUAAGAACUUCCUCGAGAGACUCACUGUAUCAACUGGACUUGGAUGCAGCCAGUCCAACGUUUGAUCCACCUUCCGACACUGAAAGUGAAACAGAAGAGCCUCUGGGAAAUAUGGACAGACUCAGCAGAGAGCAGUUGCUGCAGCGGCUACGCAGAAUGGAGCGCAGUUUGGGCAACUAUAGGGGAAAAUACUCGGAGCUAGUGUCUGGUUAUCAGGUCAUCCGGCGGGAGAAGAAAAAGCUACAGGACAUUCUGAGUCAAAGUCAGGAUAAAGCACUUCGCAGAAUUGGAGAACUGAGAGAGGAGCUCCAGAUGGAUCAACAAGCUAAGAAACAACUCCAAGAGGAAUUUGAUGCUUCCUUAGAAGAAAAGGAUCAACUUAUUAGUGUCCUGCAAACUCAGGUGUCGUUGCUGAAAGAGAGGUUACAGAAUGGUCAGAUAGGCACUGAAUUUGAAUUGCCUGUUCCAAAUACCCUAUCUGAAGCACAAGUUCAAACUCCAACAAAAGAAAUCGGUACAGAACAUGCUGUGGAACCAGGAAGCAGUGAGGGUAAUGAAGAUUCCAUUAAAACACUGGAAGCUCUUCAUCAGAGGGUGAAGCACCAAGAGAACUUGCUGCAACGUUGUAAGGAGAAGAUGAGAUCACAUAAGGAGUGUUGUGCCCAGUUAACCAGUGAGAAGGAGGCACUUCAAGAACAGUUAGAAGAGAGGCUGCAGGAGCUGGAGAAAAUGAAGGACUUUCACAUGGCUGAGAAGACUAAACUGUUUACGCAGCUGCGCGAUGCAAAGAAUUUGAUUGAGCAGCUAGAACAAGACAAGGGCAUGGUAAUUGCAAAGACAAAGCGACAAAUGCAUGAAACGUUGGAAAUGAAGGAGGAGGAGAUAGCCCAGCUGCACACUCGGAUAAAACAGAUGACUACGAAAGGUGAAGAAUUAAAAGAGGAGAAAGAAAAAUCUGAAAGAGCUGCUUUUGAAGAGCUUGAGAGGGCUCUGAGUAUGGCCCAAAAGACAGAGGAAGCCCGGAAAAAAUUGCAGGCAGAAAUGGAUGAAAAAAUCAAAGCAGUAGAAAAGUCAAGUGAGGAAGAGAGGGUAAAUCUUCAACGGGAGUUAACCAGAGUGAAACAAGAGGUGGUUGAGAUUAUGAAGAAGUCUUCAGAGGACCGUGUUGCUGAACUAGAAAAAUUCCAUAAAAAAGAAAUGGCUACCAAAGAUCAGGAGCUAAAUGAGAGAUUACAGGCCCAAGAAAAGGCAUUCGAGGAGAAGAUGAAGGCAGCUCUUGAAAAAAAUCGCAGUGAGUGUUUAAAAACACUUCAUGAAAAAGAGCAGCAAGAAUCCCUGGCCUUAGAAGAAUUAGAGCUGCAGAAGAAAGCAAUACAGUCAAAAUGUGACAAGAAAGUUCAGAAGAUGUGUGAAGAAGUUGAGACUCUUACAACU